AUGGUAAGAACACGAGGUUCAUCUUUUAGUUCUCGUGGAGAGAGUUCUAGAGGAGAAAGUUCUCGAGGAGAGAGUUCUGCACAGGGUGAAGGUAGGAGACGACCUACAGCUUUAGCUCGGAGAAGACGUGCAGCUCCAAUUCAGGAUGACCCUAUAGCCGAGGACCGAGCAUUUGAGGAGGAGGCAUAUCAGGCCUAUGAGGGUCCUGUUCACGAGGAGGCAUUUGAGGCUCCUCAUGACGAUAAUGAGGAGGAGGAACAUAUCGAUGUUCUUGACAUACAGGAGGAGGAUGUCGGUGGAUUUCCUAGAGGUCCACGUGAUGCUUCAUUGCUGACACACUAUGUUCAGCAUGAUCGAGGGGAGAUACUGAAGUUGAUCUCCCAUGGUAAAAAAAUUAAUAAGUUAGGACCGUGCGCCGAAGGAAUUCAACACAUUGUGUUGAAUUCCGCUUUGAUGCCUCUCACAGAUAUUUGCUAUGAUUACGUUGAUAAGGGCUUGUUGCUCGAUUUCAUAGAGAGAUGGCACUUUGAGACGAGUAGUUUCCAUCUCCCUGUAGGGGAGAUGUCGAUCACUCUUGACGAUGUCUCCACUUUACUUCACCUUCCGGUAUUGGGACAAUUAUGUGAUUUGGAGGAGUUGGAGUUUGAGGAGGCUCGUAGAACCCUUGUAGAACUGCUCGGCGUUGAUGGUGGCGCAGCUGGUGCUGAGAUGGAGGAUGCACGUGGUCCGAAAGUUAGACUCAGCUGGCUAAGAGAGAUAUAUGUUCAGAGGUGUCAGUCGCAACAGUGGGACUAUGCUGCCAGAGCAUAUCUGUUGCAUCUAGUAGGAUGCACGAUUUUCGCAAAUAAAAGUGUCACUUCUAUACGUGUGUCUUACCUUCUAUUUUUUAGAGAUGUACACACGUGUGGUAGAUAUGCUUGGGGUGUUGCUGCACUCGCCCAUUUGUACGACCAGCUCGGGGAUGCGAGUUUGGCUUCCACGAAGCAGAUGGCUGGAUUUCUGACUUUGUUUCAAGUAUAA